GAGCCCCGGAAGCCCAUGCCUAACGACGCCAGUAUUGAAAGCUGUUAUAUGUUGUGAUUUCUCAAUUAUUUUUUAAUCCUUGCUGCUCCAGUUGGCGGCAUGAAAAUUGUUUAACAAUGAUUUGUCGAUUUAACCCUUGCACAAUUUAUUUUUAUUACCUUACUUGUUGCUAUGAUAGCGCCAGUCCGCCUGUGUAAUUUAACUGUGAGAAUAUGCGCUUGCCUUAGCCUAAAUUAUUAGAUUAUCUGUAAAUUGAAUGUUUUGGAAUAUUUUUUCAUGUAGCUCCUUGUGUAUCCCACCGAGCCAAUCCUCACACUGCACUGCAGUCAGCGCUGUUCACACAUUUGGUGUAGGAAGGUCACGUUAUAAAGGGGGUCGAGAGCUGCUGGAGAGGACUGCGCAAAACCACGGUCCGGAUUUGUGCCUGACGUCAUGGGGAGCAGCAACAGACGGGCUUUGACAGGAUCCAGCGAAAAGCACCACGGAUAAGAUAUCAACAUCCCACGGCGGUGCAAGCGGACAAAGAUGCAGAGCACGUCGCCGUUUCGUGCCGUAUAAAUCCCCGAGCCGAAGCGCGGAGAUUUCGGGUUUUGUCGUUGCGCACGCCGGAGAUGCGAUUUGGUCGCACAAUGAGAGCGCCUCGCUGCUGAAGCGACUGCCGCUGCUGCUUUCUGUCUCAAAACAAGCCGCACUGUUGACCAGGGAGGGAUAAACAGGCAGAGAAACGGCACUAAUCCCCGGGACGGUCACAUUCACAGAGGGCCUCGGACCCGGCAGACAUCAUGGACAGGGCAGCACGAACUGGAUUAAAUGAUAGGGAAUAAAGAGACGGCGCAAACAAAGCGAACGUGAAGUGUUAUGCUCAUGAACUUGUGCUUUUAUUUGACUGGAAAUGGGGGCUUUAACAAGCAGACAGAACAUAGGCGUGGAAGAAGUGGACAUCCCGUCCAAUUCGGUGUACCGUUAUCCACCAAAAUCCGGGAGUUACUUCGCCAGCCAUUUCAUCAUGGGGGGAGAGAAGUUUGACUCUACCCAUCCCGAGGGUUACCUGUUCGGGGAAAACACGGACCUUAACUUCCUGGGGACCAGACCAGUAGCGUUCCCGUAUGCGGCCCCUCCGCCUCAGGAACCAGUGAAGACAUUACGAAGCCUUAUAAACAUCCGUAAGGACACGCUACGGCUUGUACGCUGCAGCGAGGACCUGAAGCUGCCCGGAGAGGAGGCAGCGGGAAAGAACCGAGCCUGCUAUAACAUUGAAUUCACCUUUGACGCCGACACACAGGUGGCCAUCACCAUCUACUACCAAGCUAUAGAAGAGUUUCACAAUGGAGUGCCAAUUUACCUACCGCAGGACAGCUCUCUGCAGUCCGAGACGGUGCACUUUAAGAGAGGCGUUUGCCAGCAGUUCUGCCUGCCUUCGCACUCAGUCAACCUCAGUGAAUGGGCUGACGACGAGCUGCUGUUUGAUAUGGACAAGGAGAUUUUCCCCAUGGUGGUGCAGGCUGUGGUAGACGAGGGGGAAGAUCAUAUGGGCCACUCUCAUGUGCUUCUGGCUACGUUUGAAAAGCACAUGGAUGGAAGCUACUGUGUGAAACCUCUGAAGCAGAAACAAGUGGUGGAUGGAGUGAGUUAUCUGCUGCAGGAGAUCUAUGGUAUUGAGAACAAAUACAACAGCCAAGAAUCAAAGGUUGCCGAUGACGAGAUCAGCGACAACAGCGCGGAGUGUGUGGUGUGUCUGUCGGAUGUACGAGACACGCUCAUCCUGCCAUGCAGACAUCUGUGUCUGUGCAACGCCUGCGCAGACACACUGCGCUACCAGGCCAACUGCUGCCCCAUCUGCAGGCUGCCAUUCAGAGCUCUGCUGCAGAUCCGAGCCAUGAGGAAGAAGCUGAGUCCUCUUUCCCCUACUAGCUUUAACCCCGUCAUCACUUCCCAGACGUCCGACUCAGAGGAACACUCGCAGGCGUCAGAGCACAUCCCUCCGGGCUACGAGGCGGUGUCCCUCCUGGAGGCACUCAACGGGCCCCUCAACACCUCCCCGGCGGCCCCUCCUCUCCACUCGGGCCCCAGCCACGUCUCCGGAGCGUUGCCCCCCUACAGCAGCGAGAGCCACCCCGCCCCGGCACGUUCCCUCUCCCCUCUGGAUCACUCCAACUCCAGCCAGGGACUCAAACUCAAGAAGAGCGGUUCAAAGUCACUUUCCCAGAAUUCGUCUGUGCUCCCUGAGGAGGAGGAUGAGAAGUCUUGCAGUGAAUCUGAGGUUCAGGCCUGCCGCCGCAAAUUAGCCGUGGACCAGCAGGAGUGUGGUGUGACCCCAGAGAGCGAAAACCUGACUCUCUCCUCGUCUGGAGCCAUCGACCAGUCAUCCUGCACCGGAACCCCACUCUCCUCCACUAUCACCUCCCCUGAGGACCCAGUGAGCAGCAGCCUGGCCCAGUCAGUGAUGUCCAUGGCCUCGUCCCACUCUCAGCACUCCCACAUCAGCACUGACACCAUGUCCUCCAUGUCAGGGUCCUACCUGGCCGGCGCUGAAGGGGAGCCCGAGGGGGAGGAGGGGGGCGACGCAGAGGGCGAGGAGAACCAGGACGCCCCCAUGGAGAGCCGAGGACCCUCGCAGCAGGACGGGGAAUUUCCCAAGGACCCAAAGGAGCAAAACUACUCAGUGGCUGUGGCAGAAGAGCAGGACUCAGAGGGAAACGAUGUCACUGAAGAGGACUGCCCCUCCCCACCUCAUGACAAAGGUGGGCGGAGCAGGUGUCCAGAGUUGGCCAAUAACAAUCAGGGCGUCGCCCUCUGUGACACGCCCUCUUUGGGGUUGGAUAAUGAGCAGGCUCCCGACAGCCGAUUCGCCGGUCUGAUGUACCUUGGGGGCUACCAGCCUAUUUUGGAGCCCCUCCCCCACCAUGCCUCCACCAGCAAUAUCAAUCUGGAGGAGCAGGGGGCAGAGACGAGGGAUGGCCAGAGUCCUAAACAUCCUCGCCGCGGACCACUCAUUGUGUAAUACACACUCAGAAACACACUCGCACACACUCACACACAUGCACACACACACACUUAAACCUAUCCGUCCAGUGUCAGCUCUCCUUACCCUGCCAUAGUGCUGCAUCGCUGGAUACUGUACUUGCUGAACAGGGAACUCCUCCCCACCUGUCCGUCCGUCCGUCCUUCAUGAAACAUCUCGCAGACUGAGUAUGACUGCCGUCGCUGCCGCUGGAGCUCCUCUCGUCCACCGUGGACAGAGGAGGGAGGAGGAAACAGAAUCUGAAUGGCAUCACCUUCACAUCACCCCUGCACUUUUUGUCAUACAGGAGCUGCUCUGCUCCUUAUCCUGAUUUUGAUGUGGGAAUAUUGCAUUUAUUUAUCUGUGUUAACCUGCUGGUCAGACCAAUAACAGCUGUGUAAUGUGGCACUAUCUUUGGACAACACAUGCUGCUCCUCUCCUCUCCUCUCCUCUCCUCUCUUCUCCUCUCUCUUUUACCAGCCAAAACAGUCAGGGGCUACUGUGAUCGGCAAUCGGAUUUAAUAUUAAUGUAUUUCCUCUCUGUUAUGUGUUGAAUGAGUGGUUGGACACUAUAAAAGUCAGCUACACCGGACUACCUUACAGAACUGGACUGAACCGGCUGAGCCCUCUCCUUGGAUCAGGGGGCUCCAGUCCUGGUUUUCGCAUGCAGCUUUCUGAUAUCUUCCACUCACUUCUGCAGUAAUCGUGCUUCUUCCCAUUUCCACCUCCCUGAGUUCAGAACCAUGACAGACCCUGCUCUGAAUGUGAAUUAACACACGGUUGGGCUUUUAAGGGUGGACAAGCCCUGAGACGGUGGACCCCCCCGGGGGAAAAAAAAUCAACAGAAAUGGACUGUAACUGAGACCGAAGUCUCGCACAGAAUGUACGACGAGGACGGCGGACAGGGAACUCCUUGAAGGAGGGGAAUGUACAUCAAAUGUGUUUUCUAUCUAGGUUGUCAGCCAAAACUAGAAUAACCUGUAAAUUCAUGGACUUUUACCCGACCCAACAUGUCAGCAUCUCCCUCUGCAGCCUCAUCUUAGCAUGUCAGUAUUAUCUGGGUGUGACUGGAAAUCCACACACGGUACCACCGAGCAAUAAAGAUGCCUAAGCUGCAUCCCUUCCUUUUCUGCUCAUGUAGGUAGACUCAAACUCGUAUCUCCAGUUCUAACGGACAGCCCAUGUUUGCACGGGCUACUUUGACACAUUCAGACAUUUCAGUGUUUUGUUUUUGUUUCUUUUCCUUUCUUUUUUUUUUUUUUUUUUUUUUACUGUUGUAAGGGACGUAUGACGAGACGACGCCACACAGUGAAUUUCCAAAAGCCCUGAAGUCGGACUUGGGCUGCACUGUGGUUGGCUGGCAUUUUUUGUUCUUCCUCUUAUUCCCUGCUACUCCUCGUGUGUGACAAUUUCAGUUUGUUUGAUUUUGUAUAACUUUAGUGUAUAGCUCACCUGUUGACCUGUUGAUGUUCUAUGUUCUGUGUUUAAUUUGUUGCAAAAACACUGUGUUGUUUAUUAUAAUGUGGAUGAUAAUAUGUGAAAAUUAGUAAUGGUUUACACACACGUGCGCACCUGCGUAGGCGCACGUGCACACACACAUAACUGAAAAAGGGACGAUAUCAACAUUUAAUGCACUAUUAGCUGUUUCCUAGACGACACACUUUGCGGUGCAUGAGGCGAUAGUAGAGUAAGCAUGUUAGUCUAGGUCAGUCUGCACUCUUCUGUAGAAUACGUACGAUGGAUCACUGUACACACACCUGCUGGAAACGUCAAAAUGAUACACUACCAUAUCGUUCUGUAAUGUUAUAUAUUGGUUGCUGGCACCCUGUUCCCUUGGCCGUGCUGCUGCAGUCGAGAGUACUGCACUAUACUCAAAUACGGUGUUAUGUGACAGUGUUUUUGUGUGUGUGUGUGUGUGUGCGCGCGCGUGUGUGUGUGCAAAUGACACUCUGAAAGAUGAACCCUCUCUCCUUUUACAAAGCUGCAGACCGCCUGCCACAGCGCUCAUUUUGGCCACAGAAUGUGUAGACGAAGCCAUUCUCUAGCAUCGAUCGCAGUAUGAUAUCAAAGGAAACGGGUCCCAGUCCGCCAAGACCCCACUUUUCUAGAAUUUAGAUUGAAAAUGUCAAUGAGAACAUAAAAGGAAAAAAAAACUAAAACAAUAAAGUUUUUGCAACUAAA